CCCAUCCACACGGUGAACUGAUCGGGCUCAACCCACGCAACCAAAGGAAGGAGACGUACAACCUGCAGCGGUCAUGGUGGUGGAGGGGGACAGGACGCUGCUCGCCGCAAGGCAAGGGGAUGUGCAGAAGCUGAAAGUGCAAUUAGCGGCAAAAGCGCUCACUGCCGACGUCAAGGAUGUGCUGGGGGCUUCACCGGUCCACCACGCGGCCCGAGCCGGAAAACUGACCUGCCUGCGUUUCCUAGUGGAAGAGGCAGGACUGCCGGGCAACUGCCUGGCGAACAACGGAGCAAGCCCGGCGCAUGACGCUGCAGCCACCGGCAACCUGGCCUGCUUACAGUGGCUGCUGACCCAGGGUGGAUGUCAGCCUGCGGACAGGGACAGUUCCGGUGCCACCGUUCUCCAUCUUGCAUCCCGCUUCAGUCACUAUGAGAUCACUGAUUGGCUGCUAAAGAGCGGUGAGGUGGACCCUGGGGCCUCCACCGACACAGGUGCCCUACCUGUUCACUAUGCAGCUGCCAAGGGAGACCUGCCAUCUCUCCGACUGUUACUGGGGCACAGCCCGAACGUUGUCAACUCCCAAACUAAGAAUGGUGCCACACCGCUCUACCUGGCCUGCCAGGAGGGCCAUCUUGAGGUCGUCCAAUACCUGGUCAAGGAUUGCGGAGCGGAUCCGAGCAUCAGAGCCAAUGACGGGAUGACACCACUGCAUGCUGCUGCCCAGAUGGGCCACAACACCGUCAUCGUCUGGCUGAUGAGUUUCACAGAGAUCGGCCUGACGGACAAGGAUAGUGACGGGGCCACGGCCAUGCACUUCGCAGCUAGCCGCGGCCACGCUAAGGUGCUCAGCUGGCUGCUGCUGCACGGCGGAGAGAUCGUCACUGACAACUGGGGAGGGACCCCACUUCACGAUGCGGCAGAGAACGGUGAACUGGAGUGCUGUCAGAUCCUUGUGGUCAAUGGUGUGGACUUGGGCAUCAGGGACCAGGACGGCUUCACAGCAGCAGACCUGGCUGAAUACAACGGCCACUCCCAGUGCGCCAAGUAUCUGCGCACAGUGGAGAACAUGAGUGUUGAGCACCGUGUUUUGUCCCGGGACCCCUCAACGGACCUCGAGUACAAGCAGCCGGACUCGGGCCUCUCGUCCCCAAACACCACCAUGCCCCCUGCUAGCCAGGUGGCACACUUUGACAUCAGUUCACCAUCCAGCUCCCUGUCCAACUACGACUCAGCCACCUCCAGCCAGUCCAGCACCGGGGAGAAGAGGAGCAGCUUAACAACGUCUCGAGGCCCGCCUGCUCAGCUGAACACAGUUGCACACACAGGUGCAUCAGAGUCGGCCAUUUCAGACAUGCAGGCCUACAUGGACAUGCUAAACCCAGACAUUGGCUCUGACACGCCCAAGAAGAAUGACACACCGGCUGAUGCCACCUCCAAGCCCCCGCCGCCGCCACCGACCUACCCACCCCCACCUCCCCCACAGUCUCCUCCGGCACCCCCUCCACCCCCGACCUACCCAGCACCGCAGCCCCCUCAGGAGCCGUCGUCAGCCGAGUUCCUGAAGGUGAAAAGCAACUUGCGGCACGUGGGAAGCAACACCUGCAAGAAGGGGCAGCUCACUACUGGAGAAAACCACGAGACAUUGCGGCGCGUGGAUUCAAACAGAAGGUCAAGGAGCUUCAGCAAGCAGCCCAGCACUGGGGACUACUAUAAGACCCUCGGCAGUGACUCGGCCGAGCCCCGCGGGAGCAAAGUCAUGGCGCCCAAUGAGGAGGGCUCUGUGUUAUUGGAGGAGCCUACCAACAGCCCCGCCCACAGCUCUGAGAGUGGCACCACGGAGGAAUCAAUCCCGCCCCCACCACCACCUCCGCCCCCUCCUCCCCCAAGCAACCCAAUGCCAGCACCCCCUCCACCUCCUCCUUUGCCCCCAGAGACGCCAACCACCCAGAAUAAUGUCACUUCCACCUCCACCAACCAGCGACGCCCAUCUUCCUCAUCAGGAAGCACAAAAUCUUUCAACAUGAUGUCCCCCACUGGUGACAACUCCGAGCUGCUGGCAGAGAUCAAAGCAGGAAAGAGCCUCAAGCCCACCCCUCACAGUAAAGGCUACACCACUGUCUUUUCCAGCACUGGGCCCACAGGCAACAAUGGAGACACUACAUCUCCACCAGAGACCCGCGCAUCCAGCCCACCAGCCAAACCAACAUCCCCUCCACCAUCCAAUACAUCCGUCACCUCCCCACCUGCCACCCCGAGUCCCAGCCCCAGUCCCACUGGCUCUGGAUCUGCCAGGUCCAUGUCGACCUCUGCGAGCUACGAGCAACUGCCCUCCAACUCUGUAAUCAAUGGGAACAGUGGCGGUGGCACGACAGGAGCGGAGUCGGGAAGGAAGACUAGCCUUUCAGACGUGGAGGCUCUAGUGCCCACUCAUGAUGAACAGGGAAAAGCGAUACCCGAGUGGAAAAGGCAGGUGAUGGUGCGAAAGCUUCAGGUCAAGAUGCAAGAGGAGGAGGAGCACAAGCGCAAGGUGGAGGAGGAGGCAGCACGCCUGGCAUCGAUGCCGGCCUGGAGGAGAGACAUGAUGAAGAAGAAAAUGGAUGAAGAGAGGGAACAAAAAAGAAAAGCAGAGGAGCAGGCCAAACAGGCGAAGGAGAAUGAGGAGAAGACGGAGCUGGAGCGUCUGCGGACACUGGGCUACGAUGAGACCAAGCUGGCGCCCUGGCAGCGGCAGAUUAUCUUGAAGAAAGGGGAUAUAGCCAAACAGUGAACUGGGCCAUCUUCCCCUCCUCUGCCCUGCAGCACUCCCCACCCUCACACACUCAGCCCAAGGCCUUCACUGAAUGCCUCCCCUUCCCCCGAGCCUCCACCCUGCACUGUACACCAGACAGUGGGGAAGUGCUUGCUUGUCUCCCUUAAACCCUGUCUCACUCUUUGGCCUCCAGAAACCCGGGACCAUGCUGUGGUCGCUGCUGUCCACGGGCUCUGAGUCUCAGCUUGGGUAAAACACAGCAGUGUGACCCUCCACCUCCCAUUGAAUGUCUCCUGGACACAAACUCAUGGCAAGGAUUCUCCUGCUUAAGACACUUGCUAUAUGUGCACCUGUCCUGAACCAAGUUAAGAUUAUCUGUAGUAUCCUUCCAUUGGCUUUACUGCAAAUCAAUAGAAGCUAUUAUACAUACAUUAGAACGUGUAAGAAGCUUGUGAUAGAUAGAGGAGGGGCUACUGGUGAGUAUACCAUGGGGAAAAAGCCUGUUAUUGCGUUAUAUUUUACCUUUAUUAGCCCCACUCACUAUUAAGUAAUGAAUGGAAUAGUAGCUCCAGGACAGUUUUGUCAUCUAAACAUGGCAUGAACGUACCCAGCAAAGGCAUAUUACACCCUGAAGCAGCUAAUGCAUUGUAUAUGUAGACAGUCAUGAGUCUUUAGUCAUGAGAUUUUUGUAUGAAACUCAUAGAAGCCCUUUCUAAAUUGCUUCAUUUUACUGCCAGAGUUGUAAUCCUAACUCAAACUCAUCUGUCUCUUUAGAUAAGCUUGUUGUCACUUCUCUGUGGAUUUGGAAUAUUGAUAUACAGUAUAUCCUAUUUUACAUAAUGUAAGGAUUAUGUAGCUGUGCAAAUCGAAUUUUAUUCAUUGUCACUGGAAAAAAAAAAGCUGCAAUGUUCCAAUUUAAUUUUUCUAUAUGUGACCUAAAUGUCAAGCUAUCGUGAUCAUGAAAGUGAAAUGUUGUGUGCAUGUGUUGCAUAAUGCGUAUCAAGCAUGUUGUGAUGUAUUAUUAAGCACAUUUGACCCCCAGGGCCCUGGGUUUUCAGAGAAAAACAAAUAUGAGUACAAUCUAUUUGAAAAUGGCCUUUUCUAAAAAACAGUACAUGCACAUGUGAAGAGCAGCAUCUUAUGCCAGACGUCUCUGGACACACUGAAUAUUGCAAAAGUAGAGAAAAGACAUCAGUUUGUCCCGUGUGCUGCUCCGGCCUUUGUCCCACUAACCUGGAGGAUGAAUGUUUGAUGAGCAGAUCUGCUUACAGCGUGCACCCUGCCUGCCACAAACAACCGUGACAUCAAAAAGGUACUGUUCCUUAGAUAAUGUCAGUUGUGUUUUAGUAAUCUACAGCAACUAGUGUGAAGAGUCCAGUUUCAAUACUCAACCCGAUGUCUUUAGGCAAACAUCUGAUCACAAAAAUGAUUAACAAAGGUUAUACAAAGUACUGUAUAAUUAACUGUAGACACAAAUGCCAAGUUGAUUAUUAUAUAGCUAAUUUAAUAUUCAUAAUUUCUCUGGUCUAAAUAGCUCCUCCCAGUUCCAGGUGUUCAAGAAUUCCCACGAUUCACACGUUUUUUGGGCGUUCAUUAGUCAAUGUGGAAAUUCUGAGUUGAAUAUUUUUGGCAGAACUGAGGAGAUGCGUAGAUUUUAAAUGUUAUGAAAGCAUGAAGCUGUGCAUUGACAUUUAAGAGUAACUGAAACAAACAAUCAUGGGCGAUAUCUCUUUCUGAAUAUGACACAUUAUAGAAAAUAUUCCUUAUGUUUACUAAAAUUAUGUUGGAUGUACAUUUUUACAAAUGUAGGGUAUCGAGUGUAGACAUGUCGUCAUGAAAGACAUGAUCCUGGUUUGGGAAUCAUUUGGAAAUAUUCAAAUUCACUUUCAUCGGAUGCCAUAUGAUGUUGAAAUUGAAAAUUAUGUAAACGUCAUUGCCAUUUGAUUUUUCUAUAUAUAGUCUAUAUCUAUCUAUACAAAUAUAUAUAUAAACUCUGUAUAUAGUGACCCUCUCAGAAUUUUGUCAUUCAUUGUUUCCAUAUUGCAUUAUAUUACAUGUCUCAGCCUUGCUUGAAUAGAAUGUUGGCUAAUUCAUGUUUAGCCAUAAUUAUAUUUUCAG